AACAAUAUUAGUUAAUUAUCACAAGGGGCGUUAGGUUUUGGGCACUAUAGGAACUCUCAACAUGAAUUCGACAAUAAUGAGCUCGUCUACUUUAUCAUGCAGUCUUUCUUCCUUUUAAAUAGAGCAUUCAAAGACAUAAAUGCCGCAUUGUAAUGCAAGACCCUGGUAUUAAUGCCCGUAUGAUAAGCCAUCAGGUGGUAUCAGUUCAGGUGUCACCAACAUAAGAGCCGAGGUUAGUCUGCUUGUCAAGCUCUCCCCACAUCUCCGAUCCAACUCCGCCAUCUUCAAGAACACACUCCUUCAACCUCCUCCAACAUACACAAUUCCUCAUCUCCACGCCAAAACCACUCCAUCGACACCCCACAACCCUCUCCACCAACAACUCAGACCAAACCCACCACAAGACGACCUCCCACCUCCCCGCAACUCAAUUCCGAACCCCACCAACCCUCACCACCCUCGAAAGACCAACGCCCAAGAACCAGAACCAGAACCCCAACCCGCAAACCAAAAUGCUCAUAAUCGGCCUAACAGGCUCAAUCGCCACCGGCAAAUCCACCGUGUCCAACUUCCUCUCCUCGCCCCCCUACUCCAUCCCCAUAGUGGACACGGACCUGCUCGCCCGCCAGGUCGUCGAACCAGGAACACCCGGCUACAAAGCAAUCGUCAACUACUUCGGCCCCAGCACCCCCGACCUCCUGCUCCCGGCAUCCCCAGAUGAUCCGACGGGGUCCAAAUGGCCCCUGAACCGACCCGCGCUCGGCCGUCGCGUCUUCGGCACAACAGAGGAGCGCAAGCGCGAUCGCAUGAUCCUCAAUAAGAUCGUCCACCCGGCUGUCCGGUGGGAGGUCUAUAAAUCCCUCCUGUACUACUAUAUCCGGGGCCACUGGGCGGUUGUCCUCGACGUCCCGCUUCUGUUCGAGAGCGGCAUGGACUUCAUCUGCGGGACGGUGAUUGUGGUCGGGGUGCGGGAUCCGGAGGUGCAGAUGGCCAGGCUGCGUGCGCGCGACCCGCAUCUGAGUGCGGAGGAUGCGGAGAAUCGGGUCAAGAGUCAGGGUGAUGUGAAGGGGAAGGUGGAGAAGGCGGAGUUCCGGGGUACGCAGUCUGCGCGGGGCGUGAUUGUUUGGAAUGAUGGGGAUAAGAGCGAUUUGGAGAGGGAGGUCAGGAAGGCUGUUGGUACCAUCUCGGGGACGAGUCCCAGGUGGUGGGCUUGGUGUUUGCUUUUGGCGCCGCCGUUGGGGGUCGGAGCUGCUGUGUGGAAUAUGGCGGUGAAUUUUGUGACGCAGAAGAGUUGGGAGAAGAGGGCUAAGGAGGAGAAGGCGAGAUUGUAGAUUUAUUUAUUUUUUUUUCUUUUCUUUUCUUUUCUUGUGCCGUGUUUGGGUGCUGUUUUUCUGGGAUGAUUGGCGCUGGUUUAUGGGAUUUGUGUCGUGUAUGCGUUU